GGGCUAGCCACUCAAAUUUUCUGGUGAACGAGCCUGCUCAAUGAAUGGAAACGCGUAAGGAUAGGACGCCCAGUGAACGGAUUUCUACAGUAAUAUACCCUGUAGCAAAUCAUAAGGAAGUGACUUUUUAAGAGCAUUCUUCUCAUUUUUCACGACAAAUUAAUAACAAAAAUACACGAACUAAGCUUCCUGAAUCCAAACAAAAGUGUUAAGCUAGAGUUGUUGUUUCUAAAUAUGCACCUAUUGCUAAUUUCAAUGCAUGUGUACACGUGCAGCCCAGCAAAACUUCCGACCCAGCCUCUCAAAUGACACACGCGGGCAGUUUCCGGUUUUUGAAUAAUUCUUCCUCGAACAUCGUUGUACUCUAUACAUGUGUGACACUAUAGUUCAGCUUUUUCAAAAUGGCGGAUCUUUAAAACACCAGCGAGUAAAGAGCAUGUGAUUGCACGACCGUGUAGUGAAUAUACAGACGAGGUGUGAAGAUGGGGAAUUUAACAAUGAUGAGGAUAUUUUCUCUCCUUGUCUGCUUUACAUGUUUAAUGACGUCAAAAACAUUCGGGCAGACCACAGAUUACGUCAACGAUACAACAUCAUCCUCAACAACCACGCCAACCACGUCAUUUAAUAAUGUCACUCUAUCAUCUACAAACCGAACAAAUGACAAUUUUACAUCUGCUUCGUCUUCGAUAGAAAUGACGUCGUCUACUCCGCCCGUCGCGUCGACACAACAAAUGAUGAAUGGAAUAACCGGGAAUUCUACGUCACAGUCUGGCAACGAUGCCUCCAUCACAAGUACAGCAACAACAAUGAUGACAACGACAAAGGAACAGGAACCGUCAACAACAGCAGGAACAGUACCAGAUAUGACAUCAUCUUCUAUUAAUUCAUCAUCAUUACCAUCGACAGCAUCCACGAUGAUGACGUCGACGACGAAGCCAGUGACGACAACUAUGGAACCAACAACAACAAUGAAAACAACGACGACAAUGAAAACAACGACGACAAUGAAAACAACGACAACAAUGAAACCGGCGACAACAAUGAAACCGGCGACAACAAUGAAACCGGCGCCAACAAUGAAACCAACGACAACAAUGAAACCGGCGACAACAACGAAAACAAAACGAAUGACUGACAAAGUUGUCGGCUCUACUGUGGUUCCGGAAACGAUGUUUGGGACGAUUGGUUUAGGUUUGUUCCUAGUCACCUUGGCUCUACUGCUUUGUGUGGUGCUUGGGAUGGUAAUCUAUUAUUUUCACAUGAAGCGGAAGUCCGGCACACAUUAUCUCUCGGAAAAUGGCGGCCCCGGUGGAAACGUGAGGGGUGGACCGAUGGCUCUUCAAAUGGAGGGGAUUGACUACGGGACAAACUUCGAGACCAUUGAUUUGGAGGAUGAAAGUAAACCAACAACCGGCAAUGGAAGCAACCCUGGGCUUUUAUCGUUCAAAAAUCAGGAAGAAGAGAAUGAACCCGGAAGUAACGAGGAUGUGACCUCAGUAACAGAAGAACCGCCAUCUUGGCUUCGCGUAGAACCGGCUCAUAAUGAAGACACAACCUCGAAUUUCUCUACACAAGCGCAGACUGACGAGAUAGAAACAAAACCGGAGGUUGAAGACCCGCUAGAAAAUAACGAGCCUUCCGAAUACAAGGGAGAAGAUUCCGAUUUGGAGUCGACAAACAGUUCGGCAUUUGACGAACACGAACUUCCGCCUGCUCCACCACCAGACGUAACAGACGAACAGAAAUCAGAUGAAUUUAAAACGGAAAUGUGAUAUCUUAUUGAUCCGUUUCCGGUUGUAACUAAAAGCCUUCGAGUACGCAUUCCGAUAUGUUAAGGAAAAAAAUAGCUAUAAUCAUUGGAUGGUUUUAUUUCCACCGGGAGGGAUGUAAUGUAGGAUACAUAUAUGUCUAUGGAAUUCUGUAUGAAUACCGGAAAUAUUCGCGGAUAUAUCCUUGGAAGAUUGCAUAACUACCGGAAGUUAGUUUGGCGUUUCUGUCCUAGGAAGACAUAUUCUAUGACGGUUAUACACGUAUGACUACCAGAAUUGUUGGCAGAUCUGGGUAACAUACCACCGGAAAUAUUGUGGUGGCGGAUAUACCCUUGUAAGGUUAAAUAAUUAUUGAAAAGGGUGUAUUUGCGGAAAAAACGGUAUUCUCAGAAAGGCUAUAUAUUUUUUUAAACUUCUAAGAAAGGGGAUGCAUCGGGGAGGGGGCUACGCUAAAAAUCCGUCUUCCACUUAAGGAGUUUCCACCCUUCGUAAUACACAUGUUUUUCUUUUUGUAUUUUCGUGUCGUCAUUUCCGUAUUGCGUAUCGGGCAUUCCAUUACCGUGGUGUAAAUUAUA